CUGGGUAACUUGGAAGCUGAUUUACCAAAGGAUUAUGAAUUGAUUCUUGAGACUUGAGAGUUUCCCAUUCGCCGUGGCACGUGCAAAUUGCAAUCGCCCGAUUCAAAAAAUUUUCAACUACCAUUCUUGAGAGUGGAAUUUCAGUUGUGGGAUUUCCUGCUUGGCCGUUGGCGGGAUUGGCGAGACACCGCCUGUUCCUCUUCGUCCCCACUCCCUCUCCCAUCUAACUAAAACCCCAAAAUGGCCACCACCCGAUUCUCUUUUUCUCGCCUCGGAUUUCUGUUAUUCGUGUUCUUGAUCUUUGCUUACACUUGAGUGAUCGUUUCAGUAAAUGGGGUCUCUCAUUUUGCUUCGAUUGUGCAAUCUUGUGCUAGAAAAAGCCGCUUCGAAAUGGUUGAACUAUUGAGGGAAUGGGUGGUUCGAGAAUCCAUGGACGGGGUUGGAGCAAUAUGGUAUGAAGAAAAGCCACUGCUCAAGCAUCUACUGGUCACAAUUCUUUUUUGGACUCCCUCAAGCUUGUAAUUCCUAAUGCCAUUGUAUACAGCAUUCCGGGAAAUAAUUAUUUGGUUGUUGAAGUUUUCUUGAGUCUCCGUAAGCAUAUCAUUCCUGAAUUCUUGUACAUUAUGGACAAUAAAGCGGCAGAGAGAGUUGUUAUCGCCAAACCGGUCGCUUCGAGGCCAACGUGUUCCAGUUUUAAGUCAUUCUCAGAUAUUCUUGCGAGUGCCUUUGGUACUUCUCCACCUCAUACGGCAUCUGAAAGCAUGGUUGCUGCCGUUAGACCAAAGACAGUGAGGUUUAAGCUGAAGGAUGAUCCUGCUCCACCACCCAAGGCCAAAGUAUCAGGUACUUCAUCUUAUAAUCUCUCCAUUUCAGACAGCAAAUCCACUGUUUUGUUUAAACCUUUGGCAAAACAUGUAUCAAAAAGGACAAUCUCUCAGUUGUCCCUCAUAGGGAACAUCAAUGCGCAAAAUCAUUUACCACUGCCACCAGUCGAGGACCGUAUUCAAUCUUCGAACCAAGAUAAAGACAAUGUCGAAUCUGCACCGAACUCUAAUCUUCCGCGGAACAUGACAUCCACCUUUGAAAACAGUCAGUCUAUUGGAAGCUCGAGAGUGACGUUGAAUUAUAGCAAAGAAGAUCCAACAUCACUUCGUCCUCAAAUUAGUUCUGUUCAGCCUUCUCAUGACGGGUAUAACUGGCGGAAAUAUGGGCAAAAGCAAGUUAAGGGAAGCGAGUUCCCACGGAGCUAUUACAAGUGCACACAUCCAAAUUGUCCUGUCAAAAAGAAGGUCGAGAGAUCAUUGGACGGGAUAAUUUCUGAAAUUGUUUACAAAGGUGAGCACAACCACCCAAAGCCUCAGCCUCUGAAGCACAACUCAUCUGGGACACAAGGGGAAGGAUCGAUAUCAAACGGAACUGCACAAGAUACUAAUUCCGAGUUACGGUUUAAUUACCUCAACGAACAAAUAGGAGGUCGUGAAAGUAGGCUUGAGAAUCCAUACGAAAAAGCUUGUCUAGGCAGAGUCACACAACCCUUUGAUCCGGUUGCAAGUAGAGAAGCCAAUGCUGGGUGUGGAGUCUCUGGUUACUCAUUUGGUCUAAGUGUAGAACGUGAAGAAGGAAGCAAGGGACUUGCGCCCGUAGCUGAUAAAUUGCGAAGCAGAAGAAGGGAAGGCAAAAAUUCAACAAAUGAAGCUGGUACUCUGAAACAGCCCCAUGCUAUGGCUCAAGGUUCUACCGAUAUCGAGAUUCUUGGCAAAGGCGUUCGCUGGAGGAAAUACGGUCAGAAAGUUGUGAAGGGAAAUAUAUAUCCCCGAAGUUACUACAGAUGCACUGGCCUCAAAUGCAAAGCACGCAAGUACGUCGAACGAGCAUCGGAUGAUCCAAAUUCCUUUAUCACUACUUAUGAAGGAAAACAUAACCAUGGUAUUUCACUAGGAAAUGCAGAUCCUGUAGCUCCCGGAAUAGAAUAAACCAGCAAAUAGAAGCAAAUAGAUCGGUUCAUUCAUGGAGCAGAACAAAGCCAAUAUAUGGAAAAGAGACAUUCAAGUGAUUCAAGCGAUUCGAAGAACGGUCGACAAGAACAAUUUUGAAGAAAUCAUUGUGGCAUUGCUCAACUACAUUGGCACGUCGUUUCAUUUUCGACGUUCACAGCUUCCACGAGUAUGAUUCCUUUGCACUACUCUUCUUCAUUGUGCUUUAGAACCAAGUCUUUCAACUUUCACCUGUUCAUUUUUGUUCCUAGUUAAUACCUUCUGUCUACUGUGAUAUUUUUACCAAAGUUUUGAGUAAAUUUUCAAGCAGUUUCAAUAA